AUGGUCAUUAAAGCUUUUAUCUUAUCUAUAGUCUCAAGGUUGCCAAAGAUUUCAUCUUCAUCUGAGUUGCAGCUCAAUGUACCUGAUGUGCCUUUGAGUUUGAGCAGAGAACUUCUGGCUACAAAAUCAGCCAAAGUAGCUGCCGCUACACCCCAUGAAAAUCUCUGGCAUUUCCUCCGAGAAAUUCCAGUUGAUUCAGAAAUUUUAGAGGUUGUUGCAAGAUUCUGCCAUGGGUUUGAAGUGGAAAUGUCCACUGAAAUUGUUAUACCUCUCAUUUGUGUUGCUUACUGCUUGGAAAUGACCGAAACUCACGCCAAAAAUAAUCUUUUAAGCCAGGCUUACAACUUCUUCCAAAGUAAAGUUCUCCCUAGUUGGAAUGAGACCAUUAAAGUUUGCCGAGUGGCUGAGAAUUUUCUUCAACAGGCAAUUUAUCUUGGCUUGGUUGAUUCGUGUUUAGAAUCUCUUAUUGCAAAAGCACUAGUUGAUCCUCACCUUCUCCUUCUUGGAGAACCAAUGAUAAGAAAUCAUGCAUCUGAUGACCAAAUUUGCAAUAAUCCCAAUGCAAGGCGAAGGCUCUUAUUUCUUAAUAAUGGGGAUUUCGAAGAUUUGACAACACUCUCUCUCCAACUCUAUGAGCCCCUCAUUCUAUCAAUGAAUAAGCAGAGAGUUCCAUCAGAGUACGUGGCUGCAUCCAUUUGUCAAUAUGCAAAAAGAUGGGUUUUUGCAAGCACCAGUAAUAAUAUUAGUAGGAAUUCUCAAAGGGAAAUCAUUGAGGCGGUAGAAGGGUUGUUGCCUCUUGAAAAGGGACUCAUUUCAUGUACAUUGUUGUUUGAAAUGCUUCGGUAUGCAAUCGCUUUGGAUGCUAGUUGUGAUUGUAGAACUGGGUUUGAGAUUAGGAUUGGAAAACAACUCGAGCAAGCAACAGUAAAAGAUCUCUUAAUACCUUCAAAAGGUUAUGCUAAAGAAGUGCAAUAUGAGAUUGAAUGUUUGAAGAGGAUUUUAAAGAAUUUCUAUGGAAGCUACUGUAACUCGAGUAGUGCAGGGUUUAUGACAGUGGCAGAACUGAUUGAAGAAUUCAUGGCAGAAGUUGCAAGUGACAUAGAUUUGAAGAUGGAAACAUUUAUUUCCAUUGCAAAUAUAGCAACAACAACAUCUUCAGCCUUAGGGACAGAAAGAAACUUAGAUGGAAUUUACAGGGGAAUUGAUAUAUACUUGGAGAAGCAUAAAUACUUGACAGAGAUCGAGAGAGAAGAGAUAUGUAAAGUAUUGGAUUGGGAAAAGAUGUCAGUGGAAGCUUGUGAACACGCAGCCAAAAACGAAAGAUUGCCGUUGAGGGUGAUUGUGCAAGUGUUGUUUGUGACACAGUUGCAGCUACGAGAUGGGAGGAGUAAGGAUGAGAAAAUGGUAAUAAAGGAAGAAGUGGAGGAGGAAAUAAAGAAAAUGAGCAACAAGGUGAUAGAGCUAGAAAGAGAGUGCUUUAUGAUGAGGAAAGAAUUAAGUGGGAAAAAAAGGAAAAUUAGCAUGUGGAAUGAAAUGAAAAGGAAGUUUGGUUGCAUCGCUACAACUGUUGAUGAUUGUAAUUGCCAAGACAAAGACAAGCAUCAAAGGAAGAAGAAUAAGCUGCAUCCUGGAUUCCGAAUUUAAUCAAACAAUAUUUUGUUGUAUUUACUUUCUAAUUUUGAGCAUCUUAAAUAUUAUUUA